CCUGGAGGCGCUGAACCGCGAGGCCGAGGACCCCGACCUCUGGGCCGAUGCCGAGCGGGCGCGCCAGGUGAUGCAGGAGCGUACCCGGCUCGAUGCGGCGGUCGGCACCUACCAGCGGCUGGAGCAGGAGCUGGAGGACGGCCUCGCGCUCGCCGAGCUCGCCGACGAGGAGGCCGACGAGGAGGUCUACGGCGAGGCGGAAGCCGCGCUUGCCCAGACCCGCAGAGGAGCGAAGCGGCGCGAGCUGGAGAGCCUGCUCUCGGGCGAGGCCGACGGCAACGACGGCUUCCUCGAGGUCCAUGCCGGGGCCGGCGGCACCGAAUCGCAGGACUGGGCCGAGAUGCUGCUGCGCAUGUACGUCCGCUGGGCGGAGCAGCGGGGCUACGGCGUCGAGUGGAUCGAGGAGAGCCCCGGCGAGGAAGCGGGAAUCAAGUCGGCCGUCAUCAAGGUUUCGGGCGAGAGCGCCUACGGCUGGCUCAAAACCGAGAGCGGCGUGCACCGCCUGGUCCGUAUCUCCCCCUUCGACGCGGGCGCGAGGCGCCAUACCAGCUUCGCCUCCGUCUGGGUCUUCCCCGUGGUGGACGAGACCAUCGACAUCGAGAUCGUCGAGAAGGACCUCAGAUCGACACCUACCGGGCCUCGGGCGCGGGCGGUCAGCACGUCAACCGGACCGACAGCGCGGUCCGCAUCACCCACCUGCCCACCAAUAUUGUCGUCCAGUGCCAGGCCGAGCGCUCGCAGCACCGCAACAAGGCCGAGGCCAUGUCCAUGCUGCGCGCCCGCCUCUACGAGCGCGCGCUGCAGGAGCGCGAGAGCGAGGCGCAGGCGCUCGCCGAGCAGAAGAGCGACAUCGGCUGGGGCCACCAGAUCCGCUCCUACGUGCUGCAGCCCUAUCGCAUGGUGAAGGACGUGCGCACGGGGAUCGAGAGCAGCAACCCCGACGCCGUGCUCGACGGGGAGAUCGACCGCUUCCUCGCGGCGUCGCUCGCGGCCCGCAUCGGCGCCCCGGCCGAGGCUUCGGGAAAGAGCUAA